UCGAAAGAAACCUUCUGAAGUUAGCACCUCGUGUUAUUUUAUUGGAAUAACGACACACUGGUUUCGUGUGUGUAUCACAAUCUUUUUUCAAGUGCAAUAAACAUUUUUAUCUUCGGAUUUUUUUUAUUAUUUUUUUUGUUUUAAUUUUUAAUUCUUUGGCCUGGAGUGUUGAUUUGAUUAUUUGUGUUUGAGAAAUAAACAAUAAAUAAAACGCCAACAAGCGAUAUAAUAUCGUUGUUUCUUUAUACGCUUAAUAAUAGGGAAUCAGCCUAAUUAUACCUUUCGUCUGUUAGUGGGUUAUGUGCAGGUGCAAAACUGUUAUACCUUUUUUGAGCAACACAGAAUUAUAAUAUUUUGUGUUUUGAGUGAAUUUUCGAAUAUAAUGAACUUGUGAUUUUUUUUUUGUUUUUGGUAUUAAACGAUUUGAAUAAAAAAUUAUUAUUAUUUUUUUGGUUUGUGGUUUUUGAAUUGAUUUAUUGACCAAACCGCGGAAUGAUCAAAGUGUGAAGAGUGGGCUCACGGUAAAAGUGUGGGUUAUAACGAAAGAAGUAGAAUUAAAGAACCAGAAAAGAUCACACAGUUUCGGCAUUAUCCACACAACAAGAAGAAGAAAGAAAAAAAAACUCGUCUGAUAACACAAUAAAGGAUUAAACAUCAUUUUUUUUGGAUUGAUUUACACAUAAAAGACGAUAUCGAUUAGUUAUCUAUAUGUUCUUCCCAUUUUCACUGCGACUUUUAUAGCACCGCGUUUGCACAAGAGUAGAUCAAUAACUGAGCACAAUGAUCAUCAAAAUCUGUUUAUUUUUCGCCUGUACCUGUACACUCCUUACACAUGUUUGGUCGAGACAAAAUCAUCAACGAAAGUUCCACCACAACGACCGUGAUAAGGAUAACGACUUAUCGCUAUGGAUAGACGAGCAACAAGUCAAAAUGUUUAGUGGAUUUUCCCUGAAGAUCUAUGCAAUAGAUAACGGAAAAGUAUCAGCCCACAUUAAGGAUCCAAAUUUCAAUCAUUAUUUGCCUGUGAUACCAUCGGAAGUAAGUUCGGUGAAUUUUACGUGGAAAUCUGGCUCCAAGAAGUAUUACUAUAAUUUCGACAGACUGCAGUCGUUGGAUGAAUCGAUUUUGAAGCCACCAACGUUAUCAAUUAAAAUUAAAGGACGAAUUCCACAGGAGCCCAAAGAAUUUAGUGUAUCACUACCAUGCUCUGGUAAUAGUUCUGGCAUCGCAAUGUUCAGUAUUGGUUUUCUAAUUCAAACCAGUCGUGGAAAGCCGGUACCGGGAACACCACUAAGGUUAAGUUUAAAAAAGGAAUGCGCACUUAGAGGUGUGUAUGAUAGAACUUCUCUAACACAUUCGCAAGGACCAGAUCCAGAGUGUGACAAAAAAUGCGCAAACAAAGGCUGGUGUAAAGUAGAUAAAAUGUGUCAAUGCAAAGAGGGCUAUAUGGGACAGUUUUGCGAGACAGCACUUUGUUUCCCGUCAUGUAUGAACGGAGGUAAUUGUACAGCACCAGCAGUCUGUUCAUGCCCGCCCGGAUAUCAAGGACGGCAUUGUGAAGGAGGUAUUUGCGCAGAAAAAUGUUUGAAUGGCGGGAAGUGCAUCCAAAAGGACAAGUGCCACUGCCCGAAGGGAUACUAUGGAUUGCGAUGUGAAUUCUCUAAAUGUGUCAUUCCCUGCAUGAAUGGUGGAAAGUGUAUCGGCAACAAUACGUGCCGUUGUCCACUCGGAUUGGGUGGUAAUCACUGUGAAAUAGGUCGACAUCAACGUUCAACCUGCAAGAAACCCUGUCGACACGGACUCUGUCUAGCAAAUCAUACGUGCCGCUGCAAUGAAGGAUGGUUCGGCCGAUAUUGCAAUCAGAGGGACAAACGCAAACGGAACAAAUCGAAGUUUUAGCGCUGAAUCGAGAAGUUGAAGGACG